AUCCCGAUAACUUAAGCUGUUCAACAGCCUCAAAUUGCGGACUUAUUUGCUCCAAGCCAUGGUCCAGAAUAGCUUGGCAAGCUCUUAUCUCUACCUUCGCUGCCCUCUUGCUGAUUAGUAGGUGCUCUACGUCGCACCGCAACGCCAAAAUGCAAUCCCACCUCACCCGGCGAGUUUUUCGGGCAAUUUUGAACAACGAACCGCUUUCAUUCUCGCGCUGCCUCCAUCGCUCACUGCAUACGGUCCGGAACCAUAGGCCUCGCAAGCUCGAUCUUUUGACCAGCUACCAUGGCCAGCGACGCGGGCUCUUCGCGUACAAUGUGGUCCCAACGACUAGCCCGCAGUCAUCAACUCUGCCCUCCGAGGUUGGCCUAAAGCCUAUGAGAGACCUCAUGAGGUCAAUGGCCGACAAAAGCAGAGGGCCUACCUUUGAAAUUCUAGCCAAUGCCUUGAACGACUUUUUGGGGCAACGCGCUGCGUCCCCCAGUGUCAUUACGCACUUCCAUGCCACCCUACUCUCCGUCACCUGGCAUUACAUGCGAACUCAUGCGGAAGGAUUGAACCCCGAGGAAUGGCAGAAAACGUUGUCGACUGAGGCCCUCGAAAAUAUGCUCUUCGUCCUAUCACAGGCCAAAUGUUUACCUGAAUCACAACCGAUCGUGCGAAAAUUGGCUCGCGCUGCCUUUUCGGAAUUGUGCCGUGAUCCGUCACCCAAUAUGAAACAUAUCAGUCGGUCGGCUUUCAUUGCGUAUAUCAACAUACAGGCUUUGAAUGGCCACCCAGAUGAAGCAUGCGACGUUCUAGAGCGGUUCUGGUUUAGGCUGAAGAUGGCUCGCCCGACUCCAUGGCAUGUGGUUAUGAAGGGAUUUGCUAUGGUAGGUGAGAAGCGCCGUUUAGAACGGACAGCCGAGAAUCUUGAGAAAUUCGACGUCGAGUUCGACCACAGAUCUCAUGAAGACCUGGUUAAGCUUCUUAUCGAAGAGGACUUGUUUACCGCGACAAAAACGAUCUAUGAAUGCCCUCUUUCGAACGGGCAGACGCCCACAGUGGCAGUGAGAGAGGCCGUUAUCAAAUAUGCGACGUUGAACUCCGAUACCGCGUGGGCAGCAUCGGUGUUCGAGUCACUUUCCAACAUGCCGGUCUGCAAGACUUUGGGCAUCACCCUCUUCUGGGAAGGGGUGCAAAAGCAGAGUGCAACUGCCGUCUCAGAGAAGGCCAAUACUAUGAUGGCGGGCGACGAGAAUGCUAGGAAGGCUCUGACUAUCUCAUGCGUGAAUGAUCUGAUAGAGUACGCAAACGCGAUACAAGAACCUGCACUAGCUGUCAAAUUUGCUGCGUUAGCCUCCCAUUGGGCUCUAGAACCCAACACGAGAACGCAGCUUUUGCAACUGGAAUCCUACAUCCUAGCGGGUGAUACUGGGAGGGCAUUACGCUCCAUGGAUGAUUUGCAGGACCCGGAAGCCAUGGCGACCGCGAACAUGCCACUAAUGAACAAGUUAAUCAAACUUCUCUGCCGAUCAGGCCAGGACGAUGCGAUAUUCGACCGCAUCUCGGCCUUCCUGGACCCGUUGUUUGAGAACAACGUACGGCUAGAGGCAGGGACCGUGGCAGCGAUCACACGCAUGCUCCUCUACCGACUCGACUGGGAGGGCGUUUCGGCACUGCUCCGGCCACGCCUUGGGCUGUAUGACACGGAAGAACGGGCGACGAUUCGCAACUCGCUGACCGGGUUCAUCUUGGACCUCGAGCAAAAGGACUCCGAUGCCUGGGAGACGUAUAAUCUGCUGCUGCUCGCCUUCCCGGAAACCGGCGUCCGCUCGCGCACCGAUAUCAUGACCUCAUUCUUCAAACGCCACCGUAGCGACCUCGCCUACCUCGUUUUCGGCCACAUGCGACAGGCCGAGGACUUCGCCCGACGGCCCAAGCCUGACACAUACGCCCGCUGCUUUGUCGGCAUCGCUCGCACCCAAUCCGCAAAGCACCUCCAACUCGUGCACAACAUGCUCAAACUCGACGUCGAAGUCGACCUAACCACGCGCGUGCUCGACGGGCUCAUGCUCGCCUACGCCUCCUGCGACAUGCCCGAGCAGGCAAUGAAAGUUUUCCGAAGCAUCCUGGAGUCGGACGAGGGUCCCUCCCAUAAGACCAUCCCUAUCUUCUUUGAGACAUGCGCCAGGCACAACAACGGUGUUGAGGAAGCCCUCAAGAUGAUGGACAAGGUCAAGUUGCUGGGCAUUGAGCGCAACCGCCAACUGUACAUGGCGUAUGUCAAAGCUCUGGCCGCCCACUGCGAAUUUGACCUCGCCACCGAGGCUCUGGAGAAGAUGGAGGCCGAAACUGGCCUCAAGCCGACCCGCAACUCGAUCGGCCAAUUCUACAACGUGAUUCCUUACCAACACUGGAAAGAUGAGGUCGAGAAGUGGGCCCGAGCCAAAUAUCCCGAGCUGUGGGCGCAGCUAGAGCAGAUCGAACGCAUCGAGCAUGACGAGGGCCCACAAUUCAAUAUCGAAAUGAAGGAGAUUGACAUUUAAACGUAGAUAUAGCGAGUCCUUUCUGCGGGCGGUUUUGUGCGUACAAUGCGAUUGAGCGGUUUAGCGGUUCAUUGAUGGCCGGCGGAGUGAGCCUCCGUGCGUCCAUUGCUUUAUAUGCAGUCAUUGUGCCACGCAGAUGUGUCACAUGUACGGACUCGUGAGAUUCUGGCAGAAAGGGCAAUUGCAUCACGAUUGAGCGACACCGAAUGAAUAAUCAAUCUUAAGAUCUCC